AUGGAGCAGGUCAGCUACCAGGAUAAUGGUGAGCUUAAAGACGAGAUCAACAAGCUUUCAAGUCUCGUCCAGGAUCUCCUACGACGGGACGCCGAAAGGGAGUAG